AAGCUUUUGCCCCCUUAAAUCAGGAUCUCUGACUUUGUCUGAGUUCCCGGGGCUCAGGGCCACCUCGGGCCUGUUUGAUAGCGAUUGGAAUUCUACCGUGAGUUGUUUGUAAAAGAACCGAUAGUGUGGAGAAUGCCAAAUGAGAGAAUCCCCCACCCUAGUCAACCUCAGGACCAAGACUGUUUACAGAGUCAAUAUGUCAGUGAUGAUGAAGAGAUGGUCAUCAAGCAAGAAAAUGGUGUGCCAGAUACAGAGGUGGAGAAAAGCCUCACCUCUUGCUCCUCCAGUAAUGGGCUGUCCACUUUGUCAGAAACAUGUACGUUGGAACUUCCACGGAAAGGCAUGCUCAUUGGAAGUUCCAAAGACAGGAUACAGAUCGACAGGCGUCAGAUCCAGGCAGUGGACCCAAGCGCUCAGGCCCUUGAACUGCAGGGUUUGGGUGUGGAUGUCUAUGAUCAAGAAGUACUGGAGCAGGGUGUUCUUCAGCAGGUAGAUUAUGUUGUCCAUGAAGCCAGCCGUGCAGCGCAGCUUGCUGAUGCAGAGAAACAGUAUUGGUCAGUCCUGGAUGAUCGAAAGUCAUGUACAGCUUCCCUCAAGCAAGUCAAUAAAAUUAUUGAACAACUUAGCCCUCACGCUUCCACCAGCAGAGACAUCAGCAGGAAACUAGAUUCUGUAAAACGGCAGAAGUAUAAUAAGGAACAACAACUAAAGAAGAUCACAGCAAAACAAAAACAUCUUGAAACCACCCUUGGAAGAGCAGAGGUAAAAGUUGAAAUAGAUUCUGUCAGCGUGGAGGAAGAUGCAGAGCCAGGACCAUCCUGCCUGGGGAGCAUGCUUAUGCCUGCUCAGGAGACUGCCUGGGAGGAGCUCAUCCGCACGGGCCAGAUGACACCUUUUGGUACCCAUAUCCCUCAGAAGUUGGAGAAGAAACCUAGGAAACUAAUGCUCAAUGAAGUAUCAGGCUUUGAAAAGUAUUUGGCAGAUCAAGCAAAACUGUCUUUUGAAAGAAAGAAGCAGGUUUGUAAUAAAAGAACAAGGAGAAAAGCUCAAGUCUCAGCUGCUUCUGAGUUGAAUCUAACACUAAAUGAAAAUAAACAAAACCAGAGAAGAAAAAUUCUCUCAAAAACAGAUAAGUGUUUAAAAAGGCAUAUCAAGAAACUUCAGAAGAGGGCUCUUCAGUUCCAAGGGAAAGUAGGGUUGCUAAAGGGGAAAAAACCACUAGAAGCAGAUAAGAAAGGGGAAGAAGGAGCCUUCCAGAGUGAUGAGUCUGAUUACAUACCCAAGGAAGAGGAGAUGGAAGAAAUGGCUGAGUCCGACCUGUCUGAAAGUGUUGAUUAUGAAUUGAAACCUCUGCGCAGGCGUCAGAAACAGCAGAAAAAAGUCACAGCGCAGGAGAUUGAUGAACAAUUUUCCCCAAGUUCUGAAGAAGAAAUUGAAGCGGCAGAAGGACGUGGGGGAGGUCGUAAAACAGUGAGAUGCCGAGAUGAUGGAGAUGAAGAUUAUUUUAAGCAGCGCUUAAGGAAAUGGAAUAAACUGAGACUACAAGAAAAAGAGCCGUCUCUAAAGCUAGAAGACAGUUCUGAGGACAGUGACGCUGAAUUUGAUGAAGGUUUCAGAAUGCCGGGUUUCCUGUUCAGAAGGCUCUUUAAGUACCAGCAGACAGGUGUUAGGUGGCUGUGGGAAUUGCACUGCCAGCAGGUAGGAGGAAUUCUGGGAGACGAAAUGGGAUUGGGCAAGACCAUCCAGAUAAUUGCCUUCUUGGCAGGUCUGAGCUACAGCAAGAUUAGGACUCGUGGUUCAAAUUACAGGUUCCAGGGUUUGGGUCCAACUAUAAUUGUCUGUCCAACAACAGUGAUGCAUCAGUGGGUGAAAGAAUUUCACACGUGGUGGCCUCCAUUCAGAGUGGCAGUGCUACAUGAUACUGGUUCCUGUGCCCACAAAAAGGAGAAACUAAUUGGAGAUAUUGCUCAUUAUCAUGGAAUUUUGAUCACUUCUUAUUCUUACAUUCGACUGAUGCAAGAUAAUAUUAGCAGGCAUGACUGGCAUUAUGUGAUCUUAGAUGAAGGACACAAAAUUCGAAAUCCAAAUGCUGCUAUAACCCUUGCUUGCAAACAGUUUCGCACUCCACAUCGCAUCAUCUUGUCAGGCUCACCAAUGCAGAAUAACCUCCGAGAGCUAUGGUCCCUCUUCGACUUUGUCUUCCCGGGAAAGUUAGGAACGUUGCCGGUAUUUAUGGAGCAGUUCUCUGUUCCCAUCACCAUGGGGGGAUAUUCAAACGCUUCCCCAGUACAGGUUAAAACUGCCUACAAGUGUGCAUGUGUCUUAAGAGAUACCAUAAAUCCAUACUUACUACGGAGAAUGAAGUCGGAUGUCAAAAUGAGCCUUUCUUUGCCAGAUAAAAAUGAACAGGUUUUAUUUUGCCGUCUUACAGAUGAACAGCAUAAGGUCUACCAAACUUUCAUUGAUUCCAAAGAAGUUUACAGGAUUCUCAAUGGAGAAAUGCAGAUCUUCUCUGGACUUACAACCCUAAGGAAAAUAUGCAACCACCCAGAUCUCUUUUCUGGAGGCCCCAGGAAUCCCGGAGUUCUUCCUGAUGAUGAGUUACAGGAAGAUCAGUUUGGAUACUGGAAGCGUUCUGGGAAAAUGAUCGUUGUUGAGUCCUUGUUGAAAAUCUGGCACAAGCAGGGCCAGCGAGUGUUGCUGUUUUCUCAGUCAAGACAGAUGCUGCAUAUAUUUGAAGUAUUUCUGAGAACCCAAAAGUAUUCCUAUCUCAAGAUGGAUGGUAUGACUACAAUAGCUUCGAGACAACCAUUAAUUACAAGAUACAAUGAGGACACAUCAAUAUUUGUGUUUCUUCUGACCACUCGAGUGGGCGGCAUAGGAGUCAACCUGACAGGGGCAAACAGAGUCAUCAUCUAUGAUCCUGACUGGAAUCCAAGCACAGACACACAGGUCUGUUUAAGAUUCUCGAAAUCAAUCAAGCGUGCACUACCCCCAGCACCCUGUGGGCCUGGAGUGCUGAGCAGGUUGGCAGAAGCAGUGCAUGAGACUGCACUGGCAGGAUGGGCUGGAGUGGUAAGGCGGGAGCGCUCAGAGUUGCCAGUGCUGGGGGCAUGCUGUAGUGACAUACGCUGGCCAGGAGUGGGAGUGGUGCUGGCAGGACUGCAGGGAGCAUACUCAUGCUGUAGAAGUGGGCGGGCAGGCACGGGUACUGGUGGAGGGGUCUUGGGCAACAAAGGACAAAUCUUCAAACAAUUUUUAACAAAUAGAGUGCUAAAAGAUCCCAAGCAAAGGAGAUUUUUUAAAUCCAAUGAUCUCUAUGAGCUGUUUACUCUGACUAGCCCUGAUCCAUCCCAGAGCACUGAGACAAGUGCUAUUUUUGCAGGAACUGGCUCAGAUGUCCAGGCACCCAAACACCGUUUUAAAAGAAAGAUUCAAGCAGCCUCUGGGGUAGACCAUGAUGUUCCAAAAUGCAAAAAAUUACCAGGUGCUAAUAUAGCUGCAAAUAAUGCUGUAUCACCUGAAGAGAAACCUAAGUUUGCAGGAGCUGAAAGACACGCACUGACUUCUGAUAGUGGCGAACCUUCGCCAGGUGACUCUCAAACAAGUAAUCUUCUAGAAAGCAGUGGCACACUUCUAGCAGAGGAAUGUUUGAAGAUAAAUGCCGUUUCUAAACUAGAAGAGCCAUCGGUGAUUAUUGGAAACAAGGAAUUUUCUGAUUAUCCAAGAAUCAGUGAAAUAUGCAGGACACCUGGUGAAGAAAGCAGCCAGCUUCAGACAGCGCCUGUUGAGGAGAAUAAACAAAUGGGGAAUAAUUUUUAUAAGUGCAAGUCAAAAACAAAACAUCAUGAUAUGGUAGAAGAGAAGACACUGGAGAAAUAUCAGAGACAAAAGGAAACGCCAAAGUCUUCUAAGCAUCGCAAAGAUGCCAAAUUUGAAGGGACUCGAAUUCCACAUUUGGUGAAGAAAAGGCAGUACCAGAAGCAAGAGAGCGAGGCACAGGAACGGAACAAUGAUGAUUAUGUAUUGGAAAAGCUUUUCAAAAAAGCAGUUGGUGUGCACAGUGUCAUGAAGCAUGAUGCCAUCGUGGAUGGAGCCAGUGCGGAUUAUGUGCUGGUGGAGGCCGAGGCCACCAGAGUGGCCCAGGAUGCUUUGAGAGCACUGAGACACUCACGUCAGCACUGUCUGGGAGCUGUGUCUGGUGUGCCAACCUGGACAGGCCAACAGGGGAUUUCUGGCGUGCCAGCAGUAGUAAAGAGAAGAUUUGGCCUGAAGAGGAAUUCUAAUGUUUCUGUUAAGAAUCCUUCUUUAACAUCUCCAAAAGAGAAAUACCAGGAUGGCGCUGUGAAAAACGAUCACGCUCGUGAACAUUUUAGUGGAAAAUCAGAGGAUGCUGCCUCUCCAUCCGUGGCUCCCACCUCGUCAUCACUGUUGACUAAAAUGAGAGCUAGAAACCACCUGAUUUUGCCAGAGCGCCUGGAAAGUGAAAAUGUGUCUCUUCCUGAGAUCUCUUCCCCUCUCCUUUCCCUCACGGAACAUGAUGACCUCUUGGUAGAAAUGAGAAACUUCAUUGCAUUUCAGGCCCGAGUUGAUGGCCAGGCCAGCACACAGGAAAUCCUCCAGGAGUUUGAGUCCAAGUUGUCAGUGUCACAAUCUUGUGUGUUUCGAGAACUGUUGAGAAAUCUUUGCACUUUUCAUAGAACUUUAGAUGGGAAAGGGAUUUGGAAGCUUAAGUCAGAGUACUGCUGAGCAACAUGCCUUUUUAAGAAUUUAAAUUGACUUUUUAUAUUAGAAAUUUCUGAUUAUUAAUCUUGUGAUUAAAAAUCAUAUUUGUGUCCACAGAAGUUGGCUGCACCUGGUGUUUACUUUGAAUUACAACUACCUCAUAACUAAAGCUUCAAGGAAAAAGAAUCUCCAAAUUUCAAAGCUAUGAUAACCUGAUUAAGCAGAAAAUACUUGAAGUGAUUCUUUUUCCACUAUGACUUACGUCAACAAUUGGGCCUACCACUUACUCCUUGGAACACGUUUGUGUUUUACCUAAAUAAAAGACUGUAAGGGAGCACAUCAUUGCUCAUUUGGAAGUGUGUGAAACAAAUCUCAAGACUUUUAAAAUAUAUUGGUACUAAAAACAUGUCUUUAAUAUUGACCAUUAUUUUGAUGUAUAAGUUGUAAAUAUUUAAGUUUAUGAUUUGCCACUAAGAAAAGGAUCAGAUUUAUUACCUUUCAAAUGGUCACGGUAAUUGCCUUCCUUCUGAGUUAGUGUUAAAUUGGCAGAUAUCUCUAUCCGUACUGAAUAGAAUAGCUCAAUCAUGAAUAGUAAGAUAAGCAUUUGGUAGAAAGAACCCAGUUUACAAUGCCUUUACUUUAAGGGUGUCUUUCCUCCUCUAAGAGUGACCGUUGAUUAUAAGAAAAGGAUAAUAUAUAUAUAUUUUAAUUGUUUUAAUAAAAACUACAAGUACAAAUAAAACAACUCAUAUACAUGCAUAUACAUCACUCCAGGGCCUACACCCCAGAAGUAUCAUGAAGUGAUCAACAGCCCUCCUCAUUUUUAAAUGUUGAUAGAUGUCCUUAAAUUUAUUUCUUUUUAUUUGUUGAGCUUACUUUUGGCUAAGGAUAACGAUUAUAUGAACGCAUCCUUGUUUUCUUUUAUCUGUGGUCUUCCAUCUUUUGACUUCAUUGUAGACUCUCUUUUGUGUUAGUGGUUUGGUUUUCAGCUGUGUGGCCCUUCUCUGGUUGUUGCUUAUGUGUUUAUAGUUCUGUGUUGGUAGUGUUUUCUUGUUUCCUUAUUGUUAUGUUAUCUUCUCUCCCCCCCUUGUUUUUAUUAUUUUCUUGAAUUCAUUGUAUUGCUUAAAUUUCUGUAUCAGUGACACAAAUUUCUGUACUUAUGUUUUCUUUAGCUUGAUAUCAUCUGUAUUAUGUUUACUUUCA